UAUAACAAAGCUCAAACUCUUCCCUCCAAGUAGAGCAAAAGUCAACAUGAGUAGCAGUGCAGAAUCACAGCCCAAGAACUCAAAUGAAGAGGAAGAUUGCUUAUUUGCCAUGCAACUUGCAAGUGCUUCAGUCCUGCCCAUGGUACUAAGAGCUGCAAUUGAGCUUGAUUUGCUGGAGAUUAUAGCCAAGGUUGGUGCUGCUGGUAACUUCCUCUCCCCUUCAGAGAUUGCUUCUCAUCUCCCCACACCAAACCCAGAUGCCCCUGUCAUGAUCGAUCGUAUACUUCGCCUCCUUUCGAGUUACUCCAUCUUAGCAUGUUCUCUGGUUACCGAAGAGAAUGGUGAAGUCACAAGAUUAUAUGGCUUAGCACCUGUGAGCAAGUUCCUAGUAAGCAAUCAAGAAGAAGUUUCAUUUUCUCCCUUUGCGUUCUUGUUACAGGAAAAGGCCAUCAUUGAAAGUUGGUACCAUGUGAAAGAUGCAGUUCUUGAAGGAGGAACCCCAUUUGAGAAGGCCCAUGGGAUGAACUUUUUCGAUUAUCUCAGCAAGGAACCUGUAUUUAACAAGAUCUUCAAUACAGCUAUGUACAAUGCCAGUAUGGUAACUAUGAAAAAGGUUCUUGAGACUUACAAGGGGUUUGAAGGCCUAAAGGAGGUAGUUGAUGUUGGUGGUGGGUAUGGAAUCACUCUAAACCUUAUCAUUUCCAAGUAUCCUACAAUCAAGGGAAUUAACUUUGACUUGCCUCAUGUGGUAAAAGCAGCACCAUCCUAUCCUGGUGUUGAGCAUGUUGAAGGAGAUAUGUUUGUCAGUGUUCCGAAAGGAGAUGCCAUUUUCGUGAAGUGGUUACUUCAUGCCUUGAACGAUGAGAAAUGUUUGAAAUUGUUGAAGAAUUUCUGGGAAGCACUACCAGACAAAGGAAAAGUGAUUGCUGUGGAAUCUGUAGUUCCCGAAGCACCCAAGAGCAGUCUCCUAGCUCAUAACGUCUUCCAAAUGGACCUUAUGAUGUUGGCUCAACCAGGAGGAAAGGAACGGACAGAGAGAGAAUUUAAGGCCUUGGCUCAAGUAGCUGGAUUUGCAGAUUUAAGAAUUGUUUGUCAAGUUUACAGUUAUUCAAUCCUUGAAUUCUAUAAAUAGAUAAUAAAUUAGACUGAAUAAA